AUGGCGCAACCUUUGGAGGAUGUGUACUGCACGCUUCUCAUGAGCGACUCCUACUUGCCUGGAGCCGCUGUCCUUGCCCAUUCUCUACGCGAUGCCGGUACAACGAAGAAGCUGGCCGUGAUGAUCACGCUGGAAUCACUGUCAGCUGAGACCAUCGCCGAACUCAAGUCGCUGUACGACUACGUAAUACCUGUCGAACGCAUACGCAGUCCGAACAUGGCCAACCUAUACCUAAUGGGCCGCCCCGACCUGUCGUUCGCAUUCACCAAGAUCGCUCUAUGGAGGCAGACGCAGUUCCGCAAGAUUGUGUACCUCGACGCCGAUGUCGUGGCAUUGAGAGCGCUAGACGAGCUGUUCGACAUCGAUGCGCCUUUCGCAGCAGCGCCAGACAUUGGCUGGCCAGACGCAUUCAACAGUGGUGUCAUGGUCAUCAAGCCUAGCAUGGGCGAUUACUGGUCCCUUCACACCAUGGCAGCCACUGGCGACAGCUUCGACGGUGCAGACCAAGGGCUGCUGAAUCAGUACUUCGAGCAUCGCCCGUGGCAGCGCCUCAAGUUCACCUACAACUGCACACCGAACGCAGAAUACCAGUGGGAGCCGGCCUACAGAUACUACAAGCGGGACAUUAGCGCUGUGCACUUCAUUGGCAAAGACAAACCGUGGUCCAAGAAUCGCACUGCUGGGCACGGCGUUUACGGCGAGCUUCUGGCUCGCUGGUGGGCCGUACACAACAGGCAUUUGCACGACAAGCCACAGCCGACUCAACAAGGGACAACUGAGGCCAAGGGCACCACAAACUCUGCCUUGCAACACCAGAAUGUCCCCGACAUCACUGUUGACGAACCCGCCCCAACCGCCGAGCCCUCUAUGACUGAUCCCAGCGAAGUAGCUGAAGACAUUGGCCAAGGUCGAGUGGAGCCAACACCGACGGUACAACAACGCAAGUUCUCUGCUCCAGAGAUGCAAUGGGACGCGACCAAGUUCGAACCCCCAGCGCAAUCCAAGCCUGAAGCCGCCAACUUUCCUCGCGAAACGUACACCUUCAACGACAGCAAACAGCUAUUCAAAGCACCACCAGCAUAUCCGGAGCCACCCCGUGACAUGUGGUACAAAGUUCCUGAGAACAAACCGCGACCCUACGAAGCACCAAAACCCAUCUUUCCGUGGGAGAAAGAGGUCACGCGACCCAAACCUACACGUGUUUUCGCGGAGGACCAUCCGCCAGAACCUGCUUCAAAACCAGUGCUGGUAUCUGAAGUGUCAGAGUUCGAAGCGUCACCAGCCUCUGAGUUGACAACAACGCAUUACGACAACGGCGGAGAACCCAGGCGGGCAAAGCCUACUAGGGUGUGGAGAGAUGACGCUUACAGCUUCAAGCCAAAGACUGCUGAGGAAUCAUGGCAAGCGUUCUCGCAGAGCAAUGCUAAUGCGUGGGAUAGUGUUCCUGGGAUUGACUCUUAUGUACGGUCAAUCAUGGACUCACAGGCAAAGCGUGGUCAAGUCCAGGUCUUACAACAGGCGACUGGCACAGACGAUUUAGGCUCACCUACGCUCUCUCGAAAGGAUCGCCGCGAGAGUCUGAUUCUUACCGAUUUCCCGUCAGCCGUCGAACGGCCCAGUCUACCAGUCACUCCAGCGCCUUUGCGACGUCCGACAUUCUGGGGAGAAGAGAGGGAUGAGGUGCGUGAAUUGCCGGCAGCGGAGGGCGUGCCGGAACAAAACGAAUGGAACCCCGGAGCAAAGCUUGAGCAACUGAGAAGAUCUUCUCUCGUCGAGUUCGAACAUCUCAAGAAAGACGAACACCCAGACCCGCCGUUGCGCGCGCUACCCGAGCAUUCUGUCCUAGGCGACGAACACGGUGAGGAGCUCGAGGUUGGUGGCAUUGUGGUAGCCAAAAGCGAGCGACCAGCAGCUCGGUUCUCAACAAGACAGACCUCAAGCGAGCAAGCCACGUCGAUCGGACACACUUCGCAUUCGUCUUCAGGGAAACAAGGCAGAGGAAAGAAGAUAGGCUUUACGAUGAACGAUUUCGGUACCAGCUUUGAAAAGAAGGACAAAGGCGGCGACCUUCUGAGCUCCGGCCCAACAUUCUCGUUCGAGAACACGACUCCUGUAGAAGCCUCGCCCAAAGUUGAAGGCUUUGCUGAGCACGAUUUCGGCGGUGACAGCACGAACGAGCAAGAGAUGAAGAACUCUAGCAGCUCGACCCACCGCUCAUUGUCACCCGUACACCAUUCUAUAGGACCAGGCCACCAGAUGACCUCAGACGGGCGCAUCAAAGCCGGAGACCUGACGUUCAACAUGCCGGGAUUCAACUCGGAGGGUACAUCUGAAGUGGUGUCUACCGUAGGUGAAUCACUUAGCCCCACUACGACUAGAGAUGAAAAGAGCGGCCAGCGGUCGUUCUAG